AUGCCGCCCAAGCUUUCCAGGAGUGAGAAGCUGGAUCUCAUCUUGACUCAUCUCCAAUCUACCCGAACCUGUCACACGCUCAAGGAUCUGGAAAAGUCGCUCCCCGCAGUGGCCUCCAUCAACAGUAUCCAGGUCAAAGAAUUCAUCCAGGCACUCACUGACGAGAACCAAAUCCGGGUGGAAAAGAUUGGCAGUGGAAAUUGGUAUUGGUGUUUCGGCAGCGACGAGCGCCAGGAUCGCCAACGCCAGUUGACUCGGGUGGAGGCGGAUGUAGACAAGGCACGGAAAGGCUGCGCGGACGCAGAGGCGGACCUGGCUGCUGAACUGGCGCGUCGCCAACAGGAAGGCGAUGACAGCUCGUGUGAUGCAGAGCGAGAAAUCCUGCAAGUCCAAAAGAUCCACCUCCACGAGGACAUUCGCCGGCUGGGCAAGAUCGACACGUCCCCUGUUGAUGCGGUGGGCAGUAAGAGCGUGUCGCAGCUGCAGACGGAGUUGGCGGGAUUCCACCAACAGGCGCUGCAGUGGACCGACAACAUCUACAUUCUGGAGGAGUAUCUAUGCAAGCUGGCUGGAGGCGAUCGAGAGAUGGUGGACGAGCUUCUCCGGCAGUGUUAUGAAGACGAAUACGUCGAGGGCGAAGGGCUGCGAGAAUUAUUCUUGUAG